AGACUUCCAAAAAAAACAAUAAAUUAAAGUCAACUUUUAGCUCCACCUAAACGACAAUAUUCAUUCCCCUAAAUUUGUUUAUGGCCUGAAAUUGAAAGUUAUCAUCGGAAUUCCACCAUGGCUGCCGCCGACCACCGCAAGCGACAGCAGUCCAACGGGAAACUCUCGUGGCUUUGCCCCUUCACUAAAUCCAUAUUUCCGGCUAAGCGUCGGCUCCGGCUUGAUCCUUCUAACAAUCUCUACUUUCCAUAUGAACCUGGAAAGCAGGCGAAGAGUGCCAUAAAGAUUAAGAACACAAGCAAAUCUUUUGUAGCAUUCAAGUUUCAAACUACUGCACCAAAGAGCUGCUACAUGCGACCUCCGGGAGGUAUUCUUGUACCUGGGGAAAGCUUGAUUGCCACUGUCUUCAAGUUUAUUGAACAACCUGAGAACAAUGAGAAGCCUAUAGAUCAAAAAACCAAAGUAAAGUUCAAGAUCAUAAGUUUGAAGGUGAAAGAAGGAACUGAUUACGUACCUGAGUUGUUUGAUGAACAAAAGGAUAAAGUCAGUAUUGAGCGUACUCUAAAGGUGGUGUUCUUGGACCCUGAACGCCCUUCUCCAGCACUGGAUAAACUAAAACGUCAGCUGGCCCAAGCUGAGGCUGCAACAGAAGCUGAGAAGAAACCUCCUGUUGACACAGGUCCGAAAGUUGUGGGAGAAGGCUUAAUAGUAGAUGAAUGGAAAGAGCGGAGGGAGAGGUAUCUUGCUCGCCAACAAGUUGAGGCAGUGGAUUCAGUAAAGCAGUAGAGUGUUUAUGUAAGUGCGUCUUUUUCCAGAAUAGCAAUGUAUAAUCAGAUAUGCGCUUCUUAUUAUUGCCUUUCUUUGGAUUGAUGGUUUAGAAGGUUAAUGCAAUGCUUCAUGUAAAGAAGAACAAUGAGUGGAGAUUUAAGAUUAUAUAAGAUUAGAAAUAAUUAUAUUCAGGAAAA